AUGCCUUCCCAUUUUGAUACAAUUCAAUUACACGCCGGUCAAGAAGAUGCCGGCGAUAACGCUCACAGACCAAGAGCUGUCCCAAUCUACGCCACCACCUCUUACGUUUUUGACGACUCCAAGCAUGGUUCUCAAUUAUUCGGUUUAGAGGUUCCAGGCUAUGUCUACUCUCGUUUUCAAAAUCCAACUUCUAAUGUCCUAGAAGAAAGAAUUGCUGCUUUAGAAGGCGGUGCUGCCGCUUUAGCUGUCGCUUCUGGUCAAGCUGCUCAAACUCUUGCUAUCCAAGGUUUGGCUCACAACGGUGACAACAUUGUCGCUACUUCCUACCUUUACGGUGGUACUUACAAUCAAUUCAAAGUUGCUUUCAAGAGAUUCGGAAUUGAAGCUAGAUUUGUUGAAGGUGAUAAUCAAGAUGAUUUUGAAAAACAAUUUGACGAAAGAACAAAGUGUGUUUACUUAGAAAGUAUUGGUAACCCAAAAUACAAUGUCCCAGAUUUUGAGAAAAUUGUUGCUGUGGCUCACAAACACGGUAUUCCAGUAAUGGUUGAUAAUACUUUCGGUGCUGGUGGUUUCUUCUGUCAACCAAUCAAGUACGGUGUCGAUAUCGUCACUCAUUCAGCCACUAAGUGGAUUGGUGGUCAUGGUACUACCCUUGGUGGUGUCAUUAUUGACUCAGGUAAGUUCCCAUGGAAGGACUACCCUGAGAAAUUCCCACAAUUUUCAAAACCAGCUGAAGGUUAUCAUGGCACCAUUUACAAUGAAGCCUAUGGUAAUUUAGCAUACAUUGUUCACGUUAGAACAGAGCUACUAAGAGACUUAGGCUCCUUAAUGAGUCCAUUUGCUGCUUUCCUUCUAUUACAAGGUGUCGAAACUUUAUCCUUAAGAGGUGAAAGACAUGGAGAAAAUGCUUUAAAACUUGCUAAAUGGUUAGAACAAUCUCCUUAUGUCUCUUGGGUAUCUUAUCCUGGUUUACCAUCUCAUUCACAUCAUGAAAAUGCUAAGAAAUAUCUAUCAAAUGGUUUUGGUGGUAUGCUAUCUUUUGGUGUUAAGGACUUACCAAACGCAGACACAGAAACAGAUCCAUUCAAGUUAUCUGGUGCUCAAGUCGUCGACAACUUAAAAAUAGCUUCUAACUUGGCCAAUGUCGGUGAUUCUAAGACCUUAGUCAUCGCCCCAUACUUCACUACUCAUCAACAAUUAAAUGAUGAAGAAAAAUUAGCCUCCGGUGUCACUAAAGAUUUGAUCAGAGUCUCCGUUGGUACCGAAUUUAUUGACGAUAUAAUUAAUGACUUCCAACAAUCCUUCGAAAGGACCUUUGAAGGCAAAAUUCCAAAUUGA